AUGGCGCUGCACUAUCUGAAAUUACCGGGUGGGCCGGCCCACCCCCUAGAUCCGCCACUGAGGACAUGCGCGAGGGCCUGCGCCGCGCGCUGGGCGUCCUGGCGGCCGCGGGGGCGCGGAGAUCAGUACUACACGGUGCUGGGCCUCUCCAUCGUAUUCGCGGCCACCGUCAUCGUCUACAUCCAGCAUGCCAGGGGCUGGGUCGUCGGCUUCUCCGUGCCCGUCGUGCUCAUGGUCACCGCGCUCACGCUGUUCCUCCUCGGCUCGCCCUUCUACCUCAAGGCGGCGGCCGACAGGAGCGCCAUCGUCGGCCUCGUGCAGGUGCUCGUCGCCAGCUACAAGAACCGCCACGAGCCCAUGCCGCCGGAGACGGCCGACGCCUCGAGCUUCUACAACAAGGCCGGCUCCAAGCCCAGGACUCCCACUAACAAGCUAAGGUACUUGAACCGGGCCUACGUGCUUACGAACCCGGCAAGGAUGUAA